AUGACUGACUCCAAGUAUUUUACAACUACUAAGAAGGGUGAAAUCUUUGAACUAAAAUCCGAGUUGAACAAUGACAAGAAGGAAAAGAAGAAGGAAGCAGUGAAGAAGGUCAUCGCCAGCAUGACGGUGGGCAAAGAUGUAUCUGCGCUGUUUCCCGAUGUCGUCAAUUGCAUGCAAACAGAUAAUUUGGAGUUGAAAAAAUUGGUCUACUUGUAUUUAAUGAACUACGCCAAAUCGCAGCCGGAUAUGGCAAUAAUGGCUGUUAAUACUUUUGUGAAGGAUUGUGAGGAUUCCAACCCACUCAUACGUGCAUUAGCUGUGCGCACCAUGGGCUGCAUACGUGUUGAUAAAAUCACCGAAUACUUAUGCGAGCCACUACGCAAGUGCUUGAAAGACGAAGAUCCUUACGUGCGCAAAACCGCUGCUGUAUGCGUGGCCAAACUAUAUGAUAUCUCCUCCUCAAUGGUUGAGGACCAAGGCUUCUUGGAUCAGCUUAAGGAUCUACUCUCUGAUUCAAACCCCAUGGUUGUGGCUAACGCCGUUGCCGCGCUAAGUGAAAUCAAUGAGGCUAGUCAGUCUGGCCAACCGUUGGUUGAAAUGAAUUCAGUAACCAUCAAUAAAUUACUCACUGCACUUAAUGAGUGCACCGAAUGGGGACAAGUGUUUAUACUCGACUCGCUGGCCAACUAUAGUCCCAAAGAUGAGCGCGAGGCGCAGUCUAUUUGCGAACGUAUUACACCACGUUUAGCACACGCCAAUGCGGCAGUGGUUUUGAGUGCUGUAAAAGUGCUCAUGAAACUGUUGGAAAUGCUUUCAAAUGAUAGUGACUUCUGCGCAACGCUCACAAAGAAAUUAGCGCCACCAUUGGUUACGCUGCUCUCGUCAGAGCCUGAGGUGCAGUAUGUUGCUUUACGUAACAUUAAUUUGAUUGUGCAGAAACGGCCCGACAUACUUAAGCACGAGAUGAAAGUAUUCUUUGUCAAGUACAACGAUCCCAUUUACGUAAAAUUGGAAAAACUUGACAUCAUGAUACGUUUGGCUAAUCAAACCAACAUUGCCCAAGUGCUGAGCGAGCUGAAGGAGUACGCCACAGAGGUGGAUGUAGAUUUCGUGCGCAAAGCAGUACGUGCCAUCGGACGCUGCGCCAUCAAGGUUGAGCCGUCGGCUGAGCGCUGCGUUUCCACGCUACUCGAUUUGAUUCAAACCAAAGUCAACUACGUGGUACAAGAGGCAAUUGUCGUCAUCAAGGACAUCUUCCGCAAAUACCCGAACAAAUACGAGAGCAUUAUCAGCACAUUGUGCGAAAAUCUCGAUACGCUUGAUGAGCCCGAGGCACGUGCCUCUAUGGUCUGGAUCAUUGGCGAAUAUGCCGAACGGAUUGACAACGCCGACGAGCUGCUCGAUAGUUUCUUGGAAGGUUUCCAAGACGAAAAUGCGCAAGUGCAACUGCAACUGCUAACCGCCGUCGUCAAGCUGUUCUUGAAACGCCCUUCAGAUACACAAGAGUUGGUGCAGCAUGUGCUCUCAUUGGCCACGCAAGACUCCGAUAACCCUGACUUGCGUGAUCGCGGUUUUAUAUACUGGCGCCUGCUGUCCACCGAUCCAGCUGCGGCAAAAGAAGUUGUCUUGGCUGAUAAACCGUUGAUUUCGGAAGAAACUGAUUUGCUUGAACCUACGCUAUUGGACGAGCUGAUCUGUCACAUCAGCUCAUUGGCUAGUGUGUAUCACAAACCGCCCACAGCAUUUGUUGAGGGACGCGGUGCUGGCGUGCGCAAGUCGCUGCCAAAUCGUGCACCGGCAGCCGGCACGGCCGAGCCGGAAGCUGGUGGCGAAGCUAUGGUUAUACCGAAUCAGGAGUCGCUGAUUGGCGACUUGCUAUCUAUGGACAUUAAUGCGCCCGCCAUGCCUGCGGCUGCGCCAACCACCAGCAAUGUUGAUCUACUAGGCGGCGGUUUGGACAUUUUGCUUGGCGGCGGUCCAACCGAGCCCGCAGCUGGCGGCGCUAGUAGCUUGCUUGGCGACAUCUUCGGUCUGUCCGGCGGCCCUCUCACCGCAGGCGUGCAAAUACCGAAAAUUGUUUGGCUACCCGCCGAAAAGGGCAAGGGACUCGAAAUACAAGGCUCAUUCUCGCGUCGCAACGGUGAAAUCUUUAUGGAUAUGACACUAACCAACAAAGCUAUGCAGCCAAUGAGCGGUUUUGCCAUACAAUUGAACAAAAACAGCUUUGGCUUGAUGCCUGCCUCACCCAUGCAAGUGGCACCAUUGCCACCAAACCAAAGCACUGAAGCCACGCUGCCACUGGGCACACACGGUCCGGUGCAACGCAUGGAACCAUUGAAUAAUUUACAAGUUGCUGUCAAGAACAACAUAGACAUAUUCUAUUUUGCGUGCUUGGUGCAUGGUAAUGUGCUCUUUGCCGAGGACGGUCAGUUGGAUAAACGUGUGUUCUUGAACACCUGGAAGGAGAUACCCGCUGCCAAUGAGGUGCAAUACAGUCUAAGCGGUGUAAUUGGUACCACCGAUGGCAUUGCCUCGAAAAUGACCACCAACAAUGUAUUUACCAUUGCCAAGCGCAACGUGGAGGGUCAGGACAUGCUGUAUCAGUCUCUCAAAUUAACCAACAACAUUUGGGUGCUGCUCGAACUGAAACUGCAGCCGGGCAAUCCCGAUGCUACGCUCAGUCUUAAGUCGCGCUCGGUGGAGGUGGCGGCCAUGAUUUUCGCCGCCUACGAGGCCAUCAUACGCUCUCCAUAAGCAGUUGGGGUGUGGAAAUCAGCAGCAUUAACAACACUUGUUAAAAUUUAAUGCAUAAAAUAUGCCGGAUAUGCAACUAACUGUAUGCAAUCAUUCAAUUAAAAAGUUAUGCAAAUAUCGAAAUAUAAGUAUUCUAUUGCAGCGCAAAUCUAUUCCCCAAUUAUAA